CUAAACCUCAAGACUUCACCAUAGCAUCCUGUGUCGGAGACACCAUGUGUACCACAUGCUCAAAACCCCACAGCCGAUCCUGAUACAUUGCGAGAACGCAGCUCGACAUCGCAACAUGAACUCCGGGAACCUCCCACCCGUCGCCACGCCUGGCUCUCCUCACUUGUCCGAAGCUCAACCACCACCACCACCACCAUGACCCCGUCACAGAAGUAUACCCUCACUAAACCAUUUCUUUCUCCAAAAUACAUCGACUUCUCAAAGCCCUAUCUGAAUUCCAUAGCACUCGUCGUUCUGCAUCUCCCACCUGCCACCUAGACCCGCACCCUUCGUAAUAAUGUCCCCAAUCGUCCGCGUCACCCUCUUCAAAAUCCCCGAUUCGGCAGUCGUCCAGCAAGCAGUCCAGAAAUACAGCACCCUCGCGCAGGACGCACAAAAGGACAGCAAACCCUACAUCCAACUCUCGGCGGGCCACGCGCUGCACUCCGACCCUCGGUCUAAAGGCUUCACGUUCCUCGCGCGGACGGUGUUUCUCAGCAGAGAGGACAUGGCCUACUACGACGAGAAGUGCGAAGCACAUGGCGCCAUCAAAACCUUGUUGAAGGGCAAGGUGGAGGAUGGGCCCCCAGUGGUGUGCGUCAUGGACGGCUGAACAUUCGGGAUUU